AUGUCGGCAGUUGAGCUCAUCAACCCACGCGCAGAAUCUGUGCGAAGAUUUCAGGCGUUGCAAGUGAAUAUUGCAGGCGCUGUGGGUCUAGCACAGGUCGUGCGUUCCAACCUAGGUCCUCGUGGUACGCUCAAAAUGCUUGUCGAUGGCUCUGGAAACCUGAAGAUGACCAAGGAUGGUAAGGUCUUGUUGACCGAGAUGCAAAUUCAGAAUCCGACGGCUGCCAUGAUUGCAAGGACGGCUGUAGCGCAGGAUGAACAAUGUGGUGACGGUACAACAAGUGUUGUCCUACUGGUUGGUGAACUAUUGAAGCAGGCCGAGCGCUACAUUCAAGAGGGUGUGCAUUCUCGCGUGAUUUCGGAGGGCUUUGAUGUCGCUAAAGCGGGUACAUUGCAAUUUCUUGAACAGUUUAAACAACCUAUGCAAGGCGAUCGUGCCACGCUUCUGGCUGUUGCUAACACAGCUCUCGCCACUAAGCUUCCCACAAAACUAGCCAAACAACUAGCAGAGGGUGUAGUUGAUGCAGUCCUGGCUAUUAAACCCAAAACCACGGGCUCUUCCGAAGUACCUUCGUUCAAAGAAGACGGAAGCUCGGAGCGUGUGGGCGAGUGGAAGACACGCGAUCCUAUUGACUUACACAUGGUCGAAAUUAUGAAAAUGCAGCACAAGAGUGCUACAGACAGUCAAUUGGUUCGUGGUCUCGUUAUGGAUCAUGGUGCGCGUCACCCUGAUAUGCCCAAACGGGUGCGCAAUGCAUUCGUUUUGACACUGAAUGUAAGUCUGGAAUACGAAAAGACCGAAGUCAAUUCAGGUUUCUUCUACUCGUCUGCUGAGCAGCGCGAAAAACUGGUCGAGUCAGAGCGUCGCUUCGUUGAUGCCAAAUUGAAAAAAAUUGUUGAGCUCAAGAACCAAGUGUGUGAUGCGCCUGCGAACACACCUGAGUCGGAGCGCAAGUCGUUUGUUAUUUUCAAUCAGAAAGGCAUCGAUCCUAUGUCACUUGACAUCCUAGCAAAGAAUGGUAUUUUUGCUCUUCGUCGCGCCAAGCGUCGAAACAUGGAACGUUUGCAACUGUGCUGUGGUGGUGUAGCCCAGAACAGCGUAGACGACCUUUCGCCUGAUGUACUUGGUUGGGCGGGCCUUGUGUACGAACACACACUUGGAGAAGAAAAGUACACAUUCGUUGAAGAUGUAAAGGAUCCAAAGAGCGUUACGCUGCUUAUCAAAGGACCCAACACACACACGCUAAACCAAAUCCAGGAUGCUAUCCGCGACGGUCUGCGUAGCGUAAAGAAUGCCAUUGAAGACAAUAGCUUGGUUCCUGGUGCUGGUGCUUUUGAGGUGGCAGCUGCCGCAGAUCUCCUUGACAAUGUGCGUCGAAAUGCCAAAGGCCGAGCUAAGCUAGGCGUUGAAGCAUUUGCCCAAGCGCUCAUGGUUAUUCCCAAAACUUUGGCAAACAAUGCCGGUCUUGAUAUCCAGGACUCGAUCGUGAACUUGCAAGACGAAUGUGCUGAAGGUCAUGUUGUGGGACUUGAUACGCAAACAGGAGAGUGCAUGGAUCCCAUCUCUUGUGGUGUUUGGGAUAACUACCGUGUCAAGCGUCAUAUGAUUCACAGCAGCGCUGUGAUUGCAUCUAACCUGCUCUCCGUGGACGAAAUUUUGCGUGCUGGUCGUAGUUCCCUAAAGGGCGACGCCCCUGGUCCAUAA